CUCAUGCGCAUUAAGUGACUGUUAUGAUAAUUGACUGCAUAAUGUCGAAUAAGGACCAGUAUUAUGAAAGCCAACCAUGCACCUUGUAUGUAGGAAACCUAGACCCAUCAGUUACAGAAGAGUUGAUUCUAGCUCUCUUCGGACAAAUUGGACCUGUCAGAGGAUGUAAAAUUAUUCAUGAGACUGGAAAUGAUCGGUACUGUUUCGUGGAAUUCACAGACCACCAGGCGGCAGCAGCGGCGCUUCUGGCGAUGAAUAAAAGACAUUGUUUAGGAAGGGAAAUGAAAGUGAACUGGGCAACUUCACCAGGAAACACACCUAAACAAGACACAAGCAAACAUCAUCAUAUCUUUGUGGGUGACUUGAGUCCAGAAAUAGAAACAACGCAGCUUAGGGAAGCCUUCACGCCGUUUGGGGAGAUUUCAGACUGUCGAGUGGUGAGAGAUCCCCAGACACUCAAGUCAAAAGGUUAUGGCUUUGUUUCAUUCGUGAAGAAAACGGAUGCUGAAAAUGCAAUUGCUCAAAUGAAUGGGCAGUGGCUGGGAACAAGGGCUAUUAGGACAAACUGGGCUACACGAAAACCUGCCAACAACAGGCCAAAUGAGGGUAGGCAUUCUCUUAUCGGAAACACUAAACCUCUAACCUUUGAUGAAGUUUACAACCAGUCCAGCCCCAACAACUGUACCGUUUACUGUGGUGGUAUCAACCAAGGACUUACUGGUCAGUGGAUUAAGUUUAAACCAGUACAGUAGAAGCUAGACUUAACU